GAUUGGUUCUUCCUCGUGUCUGUCAAAGCCGAGGCGUGCUCGCGUGUGUUACUUCCUGGAUCGGAUAAGAAAAAGAGCGAAAGGACCGCUGCCCUGCUUUCAGCUAUCUAUGCUUCAUUUAUUCAUUUCGUCUAAAAGGACUAAUGGCGUUUCGGAAAGCAGUGAAAGGAACCCUGAUAGGGGGCGGAGCCAUAGCUACAGCCUUUGGCCUAUCACAUUUCAUUGAAUACAGGAGGAAUCAGGCUCGGCUGGCCUACGUGGAGGCAGAAGGCCAGCUGAAGAUGGCGUUUGAGGACAGACUGCCCACACGCGAGGAACAGCUGGCCACGCUGCAGGACACGCCCGAAUUCGACGUGCUGGUGGUGGGGGGCGGAGCCACGGGAUCAGGAUGCGCUCUAGACGCCGUGACGCGCAAUCUGAAGACGGCCCUGGUGGAGAGGAGCGAUUUCUCCUCCGGCACCAGUAGCAGGAGCACCAAGCUGAUCCACGGAGGAGUGCGCUAUCUGCAGAAGGCCAUCAUGAAGCUAGAUUAUGAACAGUACAUGAUGGUGAAGGAGGCUCUACACGAGCGCGCUAACCUUCUGGAAAUCGCUCCUCACCUGUCCGCUCCAUUACCCAUCAUGCUCCCUGUGUACAAGUGGUGGCAGCUGCCGUAUUACUGGGCCGGGAUAAAGAUGUACGACCUGGUGGCUGGAACCCACUGCCUGAAGAGCAGCUACAUCCUGAGCAAGAGCAAAGCGCUGGAGCUCUUCCCCAUGCUGAAGAAGGACAAGCUGGUCGGAGCCAUCGUCUACUACGAUGGUCAGCACAACGAUUCACGCAUGAAUUUAGCGAUCGCUCUGACGGCUGCUCGCUACGGCGCCGCUAUCGCUAACUACACAGAGGUGACGCAGCUGCUGAAGGCUACAGACCCGCUCACGGGUAAAGAGAAAGUGUGUGGAGCGCGCUGCCGAGACGUGAUCACCGGCCGCGAGUUUAACGUUCGCGCCAAGUGCGUCAUCAACGCCACGGGCCCCUUCACCGACUCACUGCGCAAAAUGGACAGCGAGAAGACGGCUAACAUCUGCCAGCCGAGCGCCGGCGUCCACAUCGUCAUCCCCGGAUACUACAGCCCUGACAACAUGGGGCUUUUGGAUCCCGCCACCAGCGACGGGCGCGUCAUCUUCUUCCUGCCCUGGGAGAAAAUGACUAUCGCCGGGACGACGGACACGCCCACCGACGUGACGGCCCACCCCAUCCCCAUGGAGGAGGACAUCAACUUCAUCCUGAGCGAGGUCCGGCACUACCUCAGCCCCGAUGUGGAAGUGAGGAGAGGAGAUGUCCUGGCAGCCUGGAGCGGCAUCCGUCCACUGGUCACUGACCCCAACUCUAAAGACACCCAGUCCAUCUGCCGCAACCACGUCGUCAACAUCAGCGAGAGCGGCCUGGUCACCAUCGCCGGUGGGAAGUGGACCACAUAUCGCUCGAUGGCUGAGGAGACCCUGGACGCCGCUAUAAAAGAGCACAAGCUUCACGCCGGACCGAACAGAACCGUGGGUCUGAUGCUGGAUGGAGGGAAGGACUGGACCCCAACCCUCUACAUCAGACUGGUCCAGGACUACGGUCUGGAGAAUGAGGUCGCUCAGCACCUCGCUGCUACCUACGGAGGAAGGGCCUUUGAAGUCGCCAGGAUGGCCCAGGUCACAGGAAAGAGAUGGCCCAUAGUGGGAAAACGCCUCGUGUCUGAAUUCCCUUACAUCGAGAGUGAGGUGAUAUACAGCAUUAAGGAGUACGCCUGCACAGCCAUUGACAUGAUCUCUCGGAGGACACGGCUGGGGUUCCUGAACGUCCAGGCUGCUGAUGAAGCUCUUCCACGCAUCGUGGAGAUCAUGGCCAAGGAGCUGAAGUGGAGCGAGGAGAAGAAGAAAGAGGAACUGGAAGCAGCUAAACAGUUUCUGUACCAGGAGAUGGGCUACAGAGCUCGCUCCGAACAGCUCACCAAGACAUCCGAGAUCUCGCUCACGCCUGAGCAAGUGGCCAGAUAUAAGAAGCGUUUCUACAAAUUUGACAAAGAGAGCAAAGGCUUCAUUACUACUUUAGAUGUCCAGCAGGUUCUUGAGAAAUUGAGCGUUCAGAUUGACGAGAACUCCCUCCACGAGAUCCUCAACGAGGUGGACCUGAACAAAAACGGACAGGUGGAACUGGACGAGUUUCUGCAGCUCAUGAGCGCCGUUCAGAGGGGACAGAUCUCCGACAGCCGAUUGGCCAUCCUGAUGAAGACAGCAGAGGAAGGCUUGGACUCCAGAGGACCUGUGUCUGUGGACCGCAGUGGUGGAGGAGUGUGAAGCCUGAGAUCUUCAACCAGGGCUACAUGACUGAAAGUCAAAGAUUUUUCAAAAUAUAUAUUAUCAUUGAUAUAACUGUUUUUAGGUUGGCAGGGAAUUUAUUUAAAGCUUUUUUUUUUUUUUUUUACAGUAAAACUUUCCGAUUUUUCUCUUAAUCAUUGAGGGAGAUCAUUACUUGAGAGUGUGUGUGCAUGUGAUGGAAAGACGUCACCGUAAACUGACAAAACCAAUCAGAUAUAAGAAGCGAGUCUGAAACCAAACUAACGUCGUAACUUCUAGCUCAGCCGAGUUCAUCAGUCGGUACUUGGACCCCUUAAUCACUGCUAAAUUUAUUCCUAACUAUUCAGCAGUAACACAAGCAUGAAAGUUAAAAGCACUGAUGCUGUAAAAGAAGUCGCCUGCUACUGUAUCUCAUGACACCAAACCUGACACUAAAACCAUCUGUCAUAUCAACAAAGUACAUCACUCGGUGCUUGGACCCCUUAAUCGCUGUCCAGCCUCCUCGAGUAAAUUUUGAGCUGAAAGAAAUUGCGAGUGUAUGAGUGUGUGGAUCACUGUGUCAUACCGUACGUUAACAAAUGAUGUGUAAUAAGCACGACAUCCUGCCGUGUCGUGUUGCUGUAUGAUGCCCGGUCGCGGAUGCAUGCUGUGCCAUUAUUCUUCCUCGCUAGAUAGCAUGACCGGUGUGUGAUGCCUAGCGCCCUCGCACCUUUAUUAUAGUUUUCUUUCGCUGUGCCAUGGGUGUGAUUGCACAAGGACACAGUAUGUUUGCAUGAGUCCAGCUGAGGGCCGAGCUACUGUGAUGCACUUGUCUUCUCCUCCUCCUCGUCCUGUUCAAGUUUACACUCCGCUGCACAAUUGUACACAUGCACUGAUUCUGAUUCUGAUUCUGAUUCUGAUACUGAUUCUCCAGCACUCCUGCCAUUUCACGGCUCCAUCGACUUUUUCUAAUAGAACAGUCGAAAUAUGGAACCACGUGAAAGUGACGGGUCCAUGAUUUAUUGCUUGGACCCCGUAAUCGCUUCUUGCUAGCCCUGUAGUAUUCACUUGUGAUAAUUAAUUUUUGUAAUAAUGUAAUUUUCUUUUUUUUCUUUUUUUUUGCACUUUUUAUGAUAUUUUAUUUUUCUCGCUUGAAUACGCACAAUGUUUUUGGUCUAGUUUCAUUCAAUCAACAAAGGAAAUCCUUUUAACGACUUGUUAUUGUUUAUGCGAUUCAUUCAUAUUAAAGUAAAGUAUUUAUUAUUAUUAUUAUUAUCAUAGACGUUACAGACAGUGUGCUCCUGCAGCCUUUCGGAUGUAUUAACUUUAAACAUUUAUAAAUAAUAUAUUUAACGUGCCUUGUUUUCUAUCAACUUAACACUGUAAACAAUCGAAUAUUUUCAUUUCCUUGUGUAUUGUUAUUAUUAUUAUUAUUAUUAUUAUUAUUAUUAUUAUUAUUAUUAUUAUUAUUAUUCAGACGUUUUUUUCUGCCCUGAUCUCCGGACACGGUGUCGUGCGACAGAUGUUCCAGCAUCAGCAUGCGAUACAGUAGGAGAUAAUUGUCUUGAUUUUGUCGUGUAUCGAAUGUUGUGGUUGGAUGAAAUUUCACUCAGAUGGAAGAGACUGGAAGAUGGAGAUGCGUUUAAAUAAAAAAAAAAGACUCUGCAACACCUGAGAAAUGGAAAUAAACAUAAUUAAACAUAAUU